AUGCUCCCUUCACCUUCGACACCGAGAUCCACCCGCCGCGGCAAUGAGCGCUUCGAUCACAUCAUCCGCGAAGAGGUAGCAGCAGAUCACCCGCACGACCCGCAUACGUGGGAUUUUAAGGGCGCAACUCGCGACUCCGUCUUUGCUCCGAGCUUCGGCGAGGGCUAUGAGAAGCGGCAGCAGCAGCCCUUUUGGCGAAAAGCACUCAUGGCGCUGCGGGAACGGCGGAAUAGGAUCGCCGCUACAAAUACUGCGGCUGACUAUGAGGACCCGUCAAAUCAUGAGAGGCUGGGCGGUGUCCGCUUCCGCCAGAAGUACAGUCCAUCGUUGUCAGUCUGGAGGAUCGCUCGCAAAAUCGGCCUUGUUUUCCUCGCCAUGCUUGCUUCCAUCCUAUGCUUCUUUGGCAUCGUUCAUAUAGUCAACAUACUCAUCAAUCUGGGACCGAUUUUCUACCAGGACGAAACAUACGAUAUUCCAUCACGCUUGAGUAACUCUGGUUAUGACAGCCCCUCUGAUGUCACGCGCGACAUCCAGCCCCUGCCAUGCCAUAGCCACAAUGAUUACUGGCGCCGUCUUCCACUCUUCGAAGCCAUUAGCUAUGGGUGUGUAGGCGUUGAAGCCGACGUCUGGCUAUUUCCGGAUUCAUCGAGCGAGCCAGAGCUUUACGUCGGCCACAAUACCGCCGCACUCACUCCAGAACGUACCUUUCGCAGUCUCUACGUCGAUCCAAUCACCGAACUCCUGGACCGCACCAACUCUCCCGCCUCUCGAUCUAUCUCUCAUGAAUCCGCGCCUGUACGACCGAAUGGUAUUUGGGACGUGGACCCUUCACAGACUCUCGUCCUCCUUGUAGAUUUCAAGAACGACGGCGAGAGCAUUUGGCCCGUUGUACAAGACCAUCUCGAGCCCCUCCGCUCCCGAGGCUAUCUUACUUAUUGGGAUGGUAAGAGCACUGUAGAGGGCCCAGUCACUGUUGUGGCUACUGGGAACGCUCCCUUCGAUCUUCUAAACUCCAACUCGACGUACCGGGAUAUUUUCUACGACGCACCGCUGGACAUGCUCUUUGAAGAGCCUGAACCUAUCCCUGGGAUCAGCCCGUCGCAGCACGAGCUCUCUUAUUUGAUAACCACUUCAUCCAGCAAAGAAAGCACGCAGCUUCCCUCCGGCCCAAAUGCGGAUAGCUUCAACAGCAGCAACUCAUACUAUGCAUCUGUGUCGUACCCAAAGUCUGUAGGCCGAGCCCACUGGCUCAACGGUGAGCCUACUGCGCAUCAGCUGCAUUUGGUGCGUGGUCAGAUCCGAGGCGCGAAAAGGAGAGGCCUCAAGCCACGAUACUGGGGUACACCAAAUUGGCCGAUAGCAAUACGUAACAAGAUGUGGGAGGUGUUGGUGGAGGAGGGGGUUAGUUUUUUGAACGUCGACGACUUGCAGGCCGCGACGACCUGGGAUUGGGAAACUAGACGGCACAGGACGUGGUUCUGGCGAUGA